GUGACAAGCAAUGCCGUGUUAAACUACGAAGAGCAUGGCCCAACUCAGCAAGUAUACAUAAUAUGUCACACUGAUGCCGGAGACGUUCAAUAUUCUAUUCAAGUUGACAUUGUUGACAUGGAAGACGAACCCGUGUUCAUCAACCUGCCAGCUACCAUAUCUAUACCGGAAAAUAUUCUCACCACAACAACAAUCGCAACAGUUGACUGUAGCGACGAAGACGGCGACCCUGUAACGUACGAUAUUGAUUCACAGGAUCCUGGCUCACCUACAUUUACUAAUACAGGGCCUAAUAUAUUUGCACCGGUUGGGCUGGAUUUCGAUGCAGACCCAGCUAAACGAUCAUUUGAACUCACUAUAAGUUGUGCUGGUACAACGAGUACUCCAACAGCCAUAUUGACAGUCAUCGUGCAAGAAGAGUACGACGAGCCACCGGUGUUUGAUUCAACAGCUUAUGAUGGUAACGUGGAUGAAGACCAGCCUGCAGGUACUGUUGUCACGUGGACUGAUGAUCCAAUUGUUGGUUGUACUGAUGCAGAUGUUAGUGUUACCAGGGAUGAUGACGCGCUUUAUUACACAAUAUCAGGAACCAAUGCAGACCAUUUCAACUGUGAUUACUUAACUGGUCUGGUGACGACAGCUAGGACGUUAGAAGCUGAUGGUGGCUCCGCCAUCUUGAGUUACACUCUAACGCUGACUGCUACCGAUAAAGGUGGAAACACAGACACAGCUGAUUUGAAUAUCGUUGUCAAUGGUAUUAAUGAUCUGCCCGUAUUCAGCCCAUCCGGCUACACUGCAUCCGUGGCAGAGGAAACGGUAACUGUGGUUAGCAUUGCCAGUGGAGAUGACGCCGAUGCCAAGUUUACAAUAACCGGCACCACGAGCCCUUACACCAUAGAAACUACAACGUUUCCUACUGAUUAUGAAGACGCUACUUUGAUUGCAAAUAAUCAUUUAUAUACUUUAUUAGUAACUGCGGAUGACGGGGGUGGCAUACUUACUACUGCCACUGUAGUAAUUGAGAUAACGUCUGAGAACGAGGAUACACCUGCAUUCACGACAUUCCCAGCUGUAGUUCUCACCAUGUUAGAAAACUCGCCUUCCGGUACAACUGUGGCCGACGUCGGUGAUAUCGUGGCAGAGGAUUCCGACGAAGGUUCAGAUGGAAUUAUAUCUUACUCCAUUGAUGCAGUCGACCCAAACGUCAAUAAGUUUUACAUUGAGCCAAGCACGGGAGAAAUCGUCACUAUCGGCACGUUUGAUUACGAGACUGACCCACAACGAUAUACAAUAACCGUGAUGGCAGCAGAUGAUGGAAAUCCUUCAAACACCGUUACCGACGAUAUCAUACUGGAUAUCGAAGACUACAACGAUAACGAGCCGAUAUUCUCUCAAAAUAUAUAUUACCGCGACGAUGUCGUAGAGGGCUCCCCCGUCGAUACGAGUGUGCUUGCACUCACAACAACGGACGCCGAUUCUAUUGCGCUGACAACUAUCCAAUAUGAGUUUGUUUCUGGUAAUGACGACGAUCUGUUCAAAAUUGACCAGCCAACGGAGACCAUACAAAUCAAGAACAUAAUAGACCUGGACGCUGGAUCGGAUGACCCUGCUUCCUAUAUAUUGGUGAUACGAGCAGUGGAUGGCGGCACUCCAGAACUAAGUGGUACGACUACGGUCAAUAUUGUAAUGGAGGCUGUCAACGAUCACGAUCCAGUGUUUGGUGCCACAUCGCCAAUAACACUGACUCUUGAUCCCAUUGGUACAUCAGUUGGGACCAUUGUUGUUAGUGACGAUGAUUACGGUAGCCAGGGUGAUGUGAUAUUAACUAUAGAGGGAGGAGACACUGGCGAUGACUUCCAACUUGAUCCCGAUACCGGGCUACUAGAAUUGAAAUCUACAGUCGACUGGGAGGUAACUGGUGAUACCGUGACUUUAAAUAUCAAGGCCGUCGACGGGGGUAGUCCGGCUAAAACUGCAACGCUUGAUGUAGAUAUCACUGUAACCAAUGACAACGACAACGAACCCACGUGCGUUACGCUUACCUACAUUGCUGCGAUAGGCGAGCUAUCAAGCGAUGGAACGUCGGUAGCUGACACAUUAGAUUACGAAAGUGGUAAUAUACAGUAUGCGUUAAGUCUUCGAGUAUCGGACGCAGGGGUGCCGCCAUUGAGUUCAACUGUUAAAGUAUAUAUUUCCGUCAAAGAUGUGAAUGAGUUUUCGCCGUCAUUUGCUGGGCCAUGGAGCAAAUCGGUGCCAGAAGACACGUCGGUUGGUACAGACGUGGAAACGUGCCUAGCAACGGAUGGAGAUUCAGCAGCUUCAGCAUUUGGAGUUAUGACGUAUGGUAUAACGAAUGGUGACCCUAACGACCAUUUUAGCAUUGAUCGCAACUCGGCUGUGGUGACGAUCAAAGCCCCGUUAGACAGAGAAACUAUUGAUACGUAUUAUUUACGUAUCGUUGCAACAGAUGGCGGCGGUAGGGCUGGUACACAGACUCUAACAGUAGCCUUAUCUGACGUAAAUGACGUCAUUCCUUAUUGUACCGAUAUGUCGUUUACGGAGCAUCUUUCAGAAGACACAAUCUCGGGGCCACAACAGUCUUGUUCACACUGGAUUGCAGCGAUGAAGACCUCGAGACUCAACUCUUACAUAUACCAUGCUUUAUACACGCCGACGGUUUCCGAAAACACCGCGGUGGGAUCUACUAUUGUCACAGUACUUGCUUCAGACGGUGAUAUGGCGGAAUCAGCCACGACGCACGGUGUUGUGAUAUACUCAAUUGAUGAGUUUGCCUGCAACUGCAGUGAGUUUAUGUUAGAUACAGCCUCGGGUGCAAUAAUACUACUACAACAGUUGGACUAUGAACGGACUACAUCGUAUACUAUACCGAUCGAGGCUACGGAUAGUGUAACUACUGUGACAGGUACCGUGGUUGUUACUGUCACCGAUGUCAAUGAUAAUGCACCGAAGUUCACAUCCACGGGUUAUAGUGCCUCAGUGAAUGAGGACGAUGCUACACCACAAGCUGUUAAAAUCGUGGUUGCAACAGACAGGGAUUCCAACCUCAAUAACAACAACGUUAUAGAAUACAGUAUAACAGAUGGUAACGGUGAUGGUUUCUUUACAAUUGGAGCUAGCUCUGGUGAAAUAAUCACAACUGGUCUCAUAGACUACGAAAGUUACGAAAGUUUUGUGCUGGAGGUAACAGCUAAAGAUAAGAAUGGUGGUGCGAAUGCUAACUCCGACACUUCACGCGUAACAAUCAGCAUAUUACCAGUAAAUGAAUAUACUCCCGUGUUUCAGUCUCUUCCCUAUGACGAUGCUACUGUGAUCGAAAAUGCACCCCUUGGAAAGUCUGUUUAUCAGGUGGGGGCUACCGACGAUGAUGCAGCUGGCCACGUACACGGACAGGUGAGGUUCUCUAUCACAUCUGGCAACAGUGCGGGGCAUUUCGUCAUCGAUGAGAUGGACGGGGUUAUAUCAACCGUGGCGGAACUGGACCGAGAGACGCGAUCCAGUUAUGAUCUUGUUGUCACGGCCACAGAUAGUUCUGCUGCUCUCAACGAUGAACGUUCAGCUGAAGAGAAUGUGACGAUCACAGUCACAGAUGUGAAUGACAAUACACCCGUAUUCGUCCCAGCUGUAUACAGCGUAAGCAUAUCAGAAAGUCUAGCUGUUGGCGAGACUGUGUUAACGUUGACAACCAAUGAUCUGGAUCAGGGUGUGAACAAAUUACGGGAUGUUGCAAAAUUGUCUGGCGACGCCGAUGGCGACUUCACUUUGAACGGCAAUGACAUUGUUAUUGCCAAUGCUUUAGCGUAUCAUAUCAAGGACUUCUACGAAAUUAGCUACGAGGUCACUGACCAAGGAUCGCCUCCGCUCUCUAGUGAAGGAUUAGUCACGAUCACCGUCAGGUCUGAAAACGACUUCCCACCAGUAUUCGCUCAGGCGACUGAUACGGUCACGUGGUCCGAGGAUACGCCAAUCGGAACCGUUCUAUACACUGCUGUUGCCACUGAUGACGACACGGGUGAGCAUGGUACCUUGUACUACUUUAUAACGGACGGAGACCCGGAUGUUGUAUUUCUAAUGGACAAAAACACCGGAGAAAUAAGUCUAAAUUUGUACUUAGACCACGAAACUGUUAAUAGUUAUGACUUAGAGAUUACGGCGUAUGACAAUGAAGACAUAAAUGCUGCCGAUGCGCUCAACGAUGUCAUGAUACUGACUAUCGUUGUUGAUGAUGAAAAUGACAAUCGACCUUUAUUCGGACAAGACCAAUACACCAUUAAUAUCGACGAGAACAUUGCAAUUGGAACCAAUAUAAUCACGGUGGUUGCAACGGACGAAGACGCCGGUGUCAACAGUGACAUUCAGUAUAGUAUUGUAGCUGGGGUGGGUCAAGACAACGUAGAGAUUAAUCCAACCACAGGUGUCGUUAGUACGGUCGCCGAUAUUGACUACGAAAUGUAUGUAAUGUAUAGCCUGAUGAUAGAAGCCGUAGACGGUGGAACCCCAUCACUGACCGGGUAUACUAAUAUACAAAUCAGUGUGAAUGAUUUAAAUGACAAUUCCCCCCAGGUUUCACCAAGUUUGUUUACUGUGGCCAUUCCCGAAGACACCGCUGCAGACGUCUUGGUUACACCUAUACAGGUAACUGACGCGGACAGUACAACGAAUGGCGAAAUACUCUGCGUCAUUACCUCGGGCGACCCCACAGGACAGUUCUAUGUCGACGCCGACAACUGCGACCUGUAUACUUCAGCAGUUGCACUGGACAGAGAAACUAAGGACACGUAUAAUUUAAUCAUUAAUGCUACCGAUGGCGGUGUGCCCAUGCUAUACGAUGAAGGAGAGUUGACAGUGCUGAUAACUGAUGUGAACGAUAACGACCCAAUACUGAACCCAGCGUCAUAUUCUGCAUUGCUAGACGAGGACACACCGGUGGGAACAGUUGUGUUCGAUGUCGACGCAACGGAUGCAGAUAUCAAUGAAAAUGCCGACCUGACCUAUGCAUUGACAAGUGGCAAUGAUCUAGGCCACUUUACGAUUGACCAGGAUACGGGAAUUAUUACAGUGGAACAACUAUUGGAUCGAGAAACCGUUGACGCAUACAACAUGAUUGUGACUGUCACCGACGACGGAACUCCAACUAGAUCUAAUACAGCUGACGUCACUUUGAAUCUCAAUGACGUAAACGACAACGCGCCGACAUUCACCAUGGCAACCUAUGCAUUUGUUGUACAAGAGAACGUUGACAUCAGUACAUCUGUAGGCCAACUCGCGGCAACUGAUCCAGAUCUGGGAGCGAAUGGUUUCAUCGCGUAUUCUAUCGAAAGUGGAGCAAAUUCAGAUCAUUUUGCCAUCAAUUCAAACACCGGGGAGAUUCACACGAGUGCCGUGAUAGAUAGAGAAUCCAUCUCGCAGUACAGUCUAGUAUGCAAGGCUAGGGAUCUGGGCAGCGUCUCACAAUUUACUUUGGUAGACGUUGUCAUCACGGUAGAGGACGAAAACGAUAACGACCCGGUAUACGAAUCCACGCUCUAUGAGAUAUUUAUGGACGAAAACAGUGAUAUUGGCACAGUUGUGGUUACCGUGGUUGCAACUGAUGCAGACACGGGAGCAAAUGGAUUGGUUACUUACUCCAUUCCAAACACAGAUGAUGUUGCAAACACAUAUUUUGAUGUCGAUUUAGGCUCUGGUGAAAUCACUGUGAAAACAACGCUGGAUCGCGAGUUGUAUGAGACAAUUGAAUUCCUUGUAUAUGCCACUGACAAUGGUAGCCCAGAACGGACCGAUACAACCACAGUCAUCGUGACCAUUGGUGACCUUAACGAUAAUUAUCCAACAUUCAGCCCUAGCUUUUAUAGCUCUGAGUUGUCUUAUUUGAACGAUCUCGGUGAACCUGUCCUAACAGUGACUGCAACUGAUACCGACGUGGGACAAACAGUAACCUAUUACUUCCAGGAAACAAAUGAUUUGUAUGAACUGGAUAGAAAUACAGGUAACAUCAGAGUGAUUGUAGACAGGCAACCCUCAGUGAAUACCAAGUACACAGUUUAUGUGGAAGGUAGGGAUGACGGAACACCACAGAAAUCGUCACUGAUAGAUGCCACUGUACGAAUCGAUACAUUCAAUCCGUACGAUCGAUUGGUUGAAUUCUAUUUGUCAGUCAGCGAGGACUAUUUUGAAUUAAGCAGAGACGAUUUCAUUACGUCGCUGACUGGUAUAAUACAGGAGGACUACCCGACAGGUAGAUGCGGUGUUUCACACAUCAUUAGGAGAGAAGUGGGCUCUAGUUCCACAUCGACCAGAAGAUUACUUGUAACACAAGAUCACGAACUCACAGUGUACGUCUAUGGGGUGAGGGAUGACGAAGCGGACUCUUUAGAUGGACUCUCCCGUAGCAAGAACUUUGUCUCAAAUACAUAUCUGUUCAAUAAAUUCACGUCUGAUUCAAGUGGAACUCCUUCAGAUGAGCUUUUACGAGACCCAUACACACAAUGGAGCAUCGAUCAGGUCUUACUACAUGAAGAUCCAAACAGUCUCUCGUGGUUCGAAGAAUGGUGGGGUAUAUUGAUAUUGUCACUGAUAUCACUUCUUUUAUUGGCCUUAAUUCUUCUUGGAAUAUUCUUGAUUUAUUACUUCUGUUGUCGGAAAAAGAAGAAAACCAAAUCAAAGAAACCAGUUGACAAACAACCUCGCACAACUACUAGAGAAGGGUGGGGAAAGAACACAGCUUAUAAACCAUCUAAAACAUUACUCCCUGAUUCAAAUAUUCUCGUUCUACCAACGGCCCGACCAGGUAACGCCGAGAGGAAGAAACCAGAAGCCAAUAAGACUAGACAAAGCGAGCAAGAGCUGGAAAGUAUACCCAAAACACCAGCGCCAACAGCUUUUGAUGGAAGAGCUGUCGACCCAGCUUCCGGCAGAAUAUACGAAUAUAAUUCCAAAACAGGACAGCGCCGGUGGUUGAAAGCACAAAACUAUGACGUGAAUGUUCCUGGAAAUGUUACUAGCUAAAAACAAGGAGAAGAACAAACCGAGUUGAGAUUAGUACUUACAGUCUAAAUCAGUGACGUCAUCGACUAAUUACGCGGCAAUAUUAGGCAUCGAAUUGUUUUAUAUAUUUACAAAUUUAUGCACUCAGCC